UCGCGGCAGCACAAACAUUCGCGAUUUUCGCGCGCGAAUCGACGCGACGAUCCAUUUUCUUUGAUUUAAUUUCCACGUCGUCGUGGCAUGCUGGCCGCGUUUGAACGAUACACAGACUCGCGUGCCAACGCGUACGUACUUCGUCGUUCGUUUUUCGUCGGUGAUACCCUGAAUGGACCGUGGAGAUCCUCUUGUGCGCGUCACCGUUGUUGACAUUGCUUCUCUUUCCGGUUCCGCCACUCUUCUCUUUGCAAAGAACGCGAUCGAGCGUGCCGGCUACAUGCACAAGGGUGAAAGUGAAUCGUUUGAACUCGAUCGAUACCGUUUCCACGCACAAACGAUCAACCACAUUUGACGAUUAAAGUAUUCGAAACACUCGGUGAGAAGUAGGUAAUAGCGGUGAACCGUGGAUUCGUUGCUGUAAUCGAUGGAAGAGAUAUACACGGUGCAAAUGCAAUCUAUCGUAUUAGUUUCGUGCAUGGUUCCUGGCCUUUUCUAGCGUUUUUUACAUCUUGGUAGCGAAUAAAUCUGCCAACGUUAGAGUAAUUAAUCCGCCAGCUGGAUCCGGUGAGAUCGAUCGACCAACGAACGAACGAACGAACGAACGAACGAACGAAGGCCUGUUUCUCGGAGAUUUCUCGUUUCCGAUGUUCGACCUACUACAGACUUCCCCACCGGAAGACGAAACUCGAUGAGGAAAAAGGAGACGUUCACCGCGGAAAAACAGGGAAAAAAUAUUAGUAAAUGACAAGCUGCAAAGUGACAAACUUGAGCGAGAAAUAAAAGUUCGAGGACAUCGAAGAAAAAAGCGAUUUACGAUGUUGCCGGCAGACCAAGAUAGAUAACUUAAAGAUCAAAGCAAAGUAGAAAAAGCGCAAAAGCAAAGGAAAGCUCGAACACUUUAAGAGACUUACGACUGACGAGCUCCCGCGAAAUGUCAGAACUCGAUGGCAUCGAGAAAAAGUAGCCUAAGGACCCAGAGAACAGGCAAGAAUAAAAUAAGUACAACGGCGAUCGCGAGGUACGAGUAGAAAUGGAUAGAAAAGAAAAUAGUUUCGGGGAAAGGGCGGAAGAAAAUUGAGGGGACGGAACGAGGCGGUUCGCGAAAUCCUAACCGGAGAAGUAACCUACGGAUAGAGAUCUAAUGACAGCCGCAAUUGCGGAGCAGGAAUAAGGAAAAGAAAUAAGAUUAAGUGACUCGAGCACGAAACGAGGCGAACAAGGGCAAAGUCGUUGGCGUCGGUGGGAAAAGGGUCGAUUCGAUGAAUAACCGAGCCACGAGGAGGUGGAAGCAUGAGAUUUCCGAGUGGCUGUCUUUCCCCAGCUCGACAAAAGUACUCGGCUUCGCGUUACAUCGACCACCACCUCUCGUGUCACGUAUCAAGAUCCAGUGAGGGGCAAAAAUGGGUGCCAACCAGUCGACGCGAAACGCCCCAUCCCCUGGAGAAGAAGUAAACUUCGAUCACUUUCAAAUCCUUCGCGCCAUUGGAAAAGGAAGCUUUGGCAAGGUGUGCAUAGUUCAGAAACGUGAUCGCACUGGAAACAUGUACGCGAUGAAGUACGUUCACAAGGGAGAGUGCGCCGAAAGGGGUGCGCUAAAGAACGUCGCGCGAGAAGUGGAAAUCCUCUCUCAACUCGAACAUCCCUGCUUAGUCAAUCUGUGGUUUAGCUUUCAAGACGAAGAAGAUUUGUUCAUGGUUUCCGAUUUGCUCCUCGGAGGUGAUUUGAGGUAUCACAUACAACAGGAGGUCGUCUUCACGGAGGAGAGCGUCGUACUUUUCGUCGCAGAAAUCGCGUUGGCCCUUGAUUAUCUGCAGAGUCACAAAAUCGUUCACCGGGACAUAAAGCCCGACAAUAUCCUCUUGGACGAGGAAGGACACGCGCACGUGACGGAUUUCAACAUCGCAACGGUGCUGGAGAACGGUGAAUUAGCGACGUCGAUGUCAGGAACAAAACCGUACAUAGCUCCAGAAAUUUAUAUGUGUUCCUGCGAAGAGUACGGUGUACUUGGCUACGGUUUCGCCGUGGAUUGGUGGAGUCUAGGAAUUCUUGCAUGGGAAACCCUUGCAGGAGAACGUCCUUAUUCUCUUCAUUCCACUACGUCGCAUAGAGAAGCUUUACGGAUUUUACAGGAAGAGAGGCCAACACCUGUCGGAUGGAGUCCCUCGAUGCUCGAUCUUCUAGACAGAUUGUUAACCGUGGCACCAGGCGCGCGGAUAUCGACGUUAAAGGAACUGAAGCAAAUAAGCUUGAUGAAAGACCUCGACUUCGACAAAGUGUUGAACAAGCAAAUCAAACCGGCGUUCACACCACCAAAGGAUCAUCUCAAUUGCGACCCAACGUUCGAGCUCGAGGAGAUGAUCGUCGAGAAGAAGCCCUUGCACAAGAAAAAAAAACGUCUGGCUAAGCAAAGAUCUCUAAAAAUCGAGCAAACCUCGGAGGAUGUAGUCGGGCUGGCGGAAGUAUUCAUCCCGGAAUACCGUGUAUAUAAUCGGGAACGCGAGAUGGAAAGACAGGAACGAGAGAGGAAGGAGAAACAGUGGGAAGAGGAACUGAACACUGCCAUGAUGGGUGCCGAAGAGAGGCUGAAGACGAACCACAAGUCGGGACGAAAUCUGCUGAGCGUCUCGACAACGAACGUCAAGAUGCACGUAAACGCAUCCCCGAGCCCGAGCCCGAGGCAAGGCAGACGCGCGAGUACCGCAACAUCAUCCGACAUCGACUUCAUCGACGCAAGCCCGGAGCCCUCCACUUCGUAAAUUCCAUCGGAAUGAUUUUUCCCGCGAUGAAAAGUGAAGGUCGCGUCGAAGAGUACGCGCAUCGAGUGUAAUGGGAUUGUCGUUAUAGUAUACCCUCAGUCUCAGCCUCACUCUACCGAGAAACAUUUGAAAAGUUCAUUUUCGAGCGUAAAGUUGGUUAUUCUCUGUGUUCUCUAAACUUCCGAACGACGAUCUUUUCGCUUUUUCGGUCUUGCGACUCUUACCUUACGAUCAAAUGUGAUAAUUGCGCUUUCAAUAGGAAUAGGGUAGUCGUAGAGCCCUAAACGAGUCUUCUAUUUCUUUUUUAUCCGACACCAUUCUUUUGUUUCGCAAUCAUCAGCGAAAGUUAUCGUAAAAUUGACUCGCACACCCCUCUCUUACCCGACCCCUAUCUCUCUACCGUACCCUCUUAUCUCCGUAAGGGAUCACGUAUUCGUUUAUUUUUAUUAAAAAAAGAAGAAUGAAAAAAGAAAAAAUAGGAAAAAGUAAAAAAAAAAUCUCGACCAAAUGUAGCAUCCUCUUAGAAAGCACUUUGGAUCUACGUCUACGACUUUCUUUCCUAACGUCUUCUUUCAUCUGGAAAUAUCGAAGAAAACGUACGAUUCCAAAGAAACUCCAAACUUUCUAUACGACUUGCUACUCCCGCAAUCACUCGACAGUUUGUACGUGUCGCUUAACUUUCCUCUUUAGGAAAUUCUGCCACGUGGAACGCUGCCCUGCUCGCUUUCGUUAAUCGAAAGAAGAAACGAGCUUUCGAAAUGGUAAAUACACGAAAACGUAAGAAUUUUAGAUUCUAACGCACCCAAAA